CAAGAGUCCGCCGCAGCACUGGACCUUUCCGCUCCUUUUCACAAGCAUUGGGGCUCUGCGAGGCCAGCCAUGGCGAGUCCGGAGAAGACCAGGAUCCACAAGUCCGAUGUCGUGGUGCUAGGAGGCGGCAUCUCAGGAUUGGCCGCUGCAAAACUCUUAUCAGAAUCUGGUUUUAAAGUUGUGGUUUUAGAAGCCCGGGACAGAGUUGGAGGAAGAACAUUCACUGUACGGAAUGAACAUGUUGAUUAUGUUGAUGUUGGUGGAGCUUAUGUGGGACCCACUCAGAACAGGAUCUUACGGUUAUCUAAGGAGCUGGGUUUGGAGACAUAUAAAGUGAAUGUGAAUGAACGGCUCAUUCAGUAUGUCAAGGGGAAAAGUUACCCAUUUCGGGGUGCCUUUCCUCCAGUAUGGAAUCCUCUUGCUUAUAUGGAUUAUAACAAUCUGUGGAGAACAAUGGAUGACAUAGGAAAGAAGAUUCCAGCUGAUGCGCCUUGGGAUGCCCCCAAUGCAGAAGAAUGGGACAAGAUGACUAUGAAAGAUUUCAUUGAUAAAAUCUGCUGGACAAAGACUGCUAGAGAGUUUGCAUCACUCUUCGUGAAUAUCAAUGUGACUUCUGAACCCCACGAGGUCUCUGCCUUGUGGUUCUUGUGGUAUGUGAAACAGUGUGGAGGCACCACUCGGAUAUUCUCAGUUACCAACGGAGGCCAGGAACGGAAGUUUGUAGGGGGAUCUGGUCAAGUGAGUGAACGGAUAAUGGCCCUGCUUGGGGACAGUGUGAAAUUGAACAGUCCUGUCACAUAUGUUGACCAGUCAGGUGAAAUCAUCGUUAUAGAGACACUGAAUCAUGAACAGUACCAGUGCAAGUACGUAAUCAGUGCAAUCCCUCCAGCUUUGACUGCCAAGAUCCAUUUCAAACCCCCUCUUCCACCAGAGAGAAACCAGCUAAUUCAGCGUCUUCCAAUGGGGUCUAUCAUCAAGUGCAUGAUGUACUACAAGGAUGCCUUUUGGAGGAGAAAAGAUUUCUGUGGGUGCAUGAUUAUUGAGGAUGAAGAAGCGCCAAUUUCAAUAACUCUUGAUGACACAAAGCCAGAUGGAUCGAUACCUGCCAUCAUGGGUUUCAUCCUUUCUCGCAAAGCUGAUAAGCUUGCUAAACUUCAUAAGGAAAUAAGAAAGAGGAAAAUCUGUGAACUCUACGCCAAAGUACUAGGAUCCGAGGAAGCUUUACACCCAAUACACUAUGAAGAAAUGAAUUGGUGUGAGGAGCAGUACUCUGGAGGAUGCUACACUGCCUACUUUCCACCUGGCAUUAUGACUCAGUAUGGAAGGGUGAUUCGCCAACCUGUUGGCAGGAUUUAUUUUGCUGGCACUGAGACUGCAACACACUGGAGUGGUUAUAUGGAAGGAGCAGUGCAGGCUGGAGAACGGGCAGCUCGAGAGGUCUUACAUGCUUUUGGAAAGGUGGCAAUGAAAGAUAUAUGGGCCAAAGAACCUGAAUCAAAGGAUGUUCCAUCUGUCGAAAUCACUCGAACCUUCUGGGAAAGAAAUCUACCAUCAGUUCCAGGCCUCUUGAAGAUCAUGGGCUUUUCUGCAUCAGUAACUAUCCUGUUUAUUGUGUUAAGCAAAUCCAAGCUGCUAACACUAUCCUGAGCUCCCAGUGUCCAGCUCUCUAUUUGUUCUUUCUUUAUAUCAAAAGCAAAAUGUUGAUGAUUGUCACCUUGGAUAAUUUCGAAGUCACAAAGUGUAAUCCUUAAGUUUGGUUUGCUAGUGCUAAUCGUAAAAACAACACAAAGAAUCACUUUAUCAGCUUCAGUAGUAUCAACUUCCAUUGUGGAGUCUGUGUGCCUAGCUAGUAUUACAUGGUAGAAUGAAACCAACCAUGUUCUCAGUCACUUAAUUUCAAGAUGUUACAUUUGAAGUAUUCGUCAGAAAUAUGUCAUAUUUUUUUCUGUCCUUUAACCACAAGUGGUGAAAUGGUGAGGUCAUGGUCCAGAGCUUUAGAGAGUCAGCUUCCUGGAGUAAGCUGGUGCACACUGAAUAAGAGAAUGAAAACUGGUAGUAGAUCAACAGGGUUGCAUCUUUCAGGCUCCUGCCUCAAUUAUCUUCUCACUAUUUCUAAUUCACAUAAUGUUUCUACACAAUCCUAAAAUUUGUGAUAUGUUUUUCUCUUCUUGAAGAGGAUAAUGCUCAUGUUCUUUAAAAAAUUGACUUGUGUAGUUCCCCAGGUGAGCAGAGUAAAGUAGUUGCAAGACUGUCUCCCUAAAUGCCUCUUUGACUAGCUCCACAAUGAGACCAAUUGCAGUGGGCACUUUCUUAUUUUCUUGGAAGGUGACUAGACAUCAUUUUGCAUCAGAGAUAGCAUUUCUGCCAACUUCAGGGCAUUUUUUCCUUCUUUAGGCACUCUAGCUAUUUGAAAUCCCCUUUUGGCACUUAUUUUUUUUCCCUUUUCCCUAUAACUAUAGUAGAAUUAGACAAAUUUUGUUAGUGUAAAUAAAUCUUCAACAGGGAAAACUCUGGGUAAAUAGCAACAUGCCAAUUUCUCUCAAAUAAGUACUGAAAACACCUAGUUUAUUUCUAAUAGCUAUUUGUUGAGAUGGCCAAAUAUAUAAAAGAAAUGAGAGCACUAUAGUAUAAGAACACUUGUUUUAGUUACCAAAUUUUAUAGAAGACAUCAAAUUGAAUGAUUUUAUAUAUGAAGACUAAAUUCUCUAUCUUAGAAAUAAUUGGGCUGAGAACAUUGCUCACUUUUGGCCUUACCAUUUUCGAAAGAGAUUUUUUAAAACCCCUUCCAAAGAUCUCAGCCAUAAAAUGCUUUUUAAAAUAUAAACAUAUGGAAAAUCACAAAUGUGAGCAAAAAAGCAGUUGAGAAGAUUCAAGGGGCUUGUGCAUGCAAUGCAGGUAUACAGUAUUAACUGAUAAACCACAUAAUAAAUGAGACAUUUUAAGUCAAGUUUCUGGAUAGCUGAAGCUUACUCUUGCGUGCCAAAUUUUUUAAAAAAUAUUUUGAUGAACAUACUGUAGCACAUAAGUAAGCUAGAUUCAAAUUCUUAUUUUUAUUGCAUGACAUUGUGCCUCAGUUAUUUUCUACUUUUAUAAGAGAAAUCAUUGUGUUUGCCCCUAUAGUGAAUGUUGCACAAUUAUUUUAUAGCUAGUAUACUGCUUUUCCUAUCUUUUUCCAUUCUUAGAAUUUUAUUUUGUUAUCUUCAUUUCCUCAAUACUUUUUAACAUAAUCUAUUUUUUUAUUGAACAGGAGUUAAAGAUUACCAGAGGAAUGUUUUACAAAAUUAACCUUAUCAUAAAUUCAAAAUUAAGAUUGGAUACUGGUGUGAAGAUUUAAAGUAUUCUAACAUUUGGCCUAUCCCCCAAAUAAUGAGCAAUAUCAAUUUAAUUAGCCCUGUUAAGCUACAUAUGUUCAAAAUGUAUAUCAAUCCAGGUGCACCUGGAAAUGAAAUUCGAGCUAAGAAUUUCCACCAUAUAUUAGGUGGUACCAAGGUCUUUGGUCCAACCCAGAUCAACUAACAUCAAUUUCAGCAGCUGAUAAAUGACCCCAUUAAGGCAUCCACUUCACAGAUUAGAGGGCUGUUUGGCUUCACUCCAUAGUAAGAUUGAGAAUUAGAUUUUAAAAGUUAUAUUGUCACAACUAUUAAGUAAAAUCUUAUACAACAUUAAAGAAACAUUAGAUUGUGGAUUGUGAACUCUGUUUAGUUUGAUUGUGAGCUUGGAGUCUAAUGUUCCUGUCUGAAAUGUGCAUCAGUACUAGAUGUGGGAGUACGCAUACAUGUGUGUUUUGCCACUGAAAUACAGUUUUGCCUGUAUGGUACUGUUUUUGUUUAAUAAAGUACACUACUGUUUAUGAAUCA